UACCAAACUGGCCGCACCUAAUAGUCGAAGAAAAUUGGGAGCGAUGACUCGCACACAGACACAGUGAUUCAGUGGCCGUUGUCUUCAUCCCGAAUCCUUCGCCCUCUUUUGAAGUUCCUUUCAAUGGCCGCCGUCACUGCCUUUAAUACCCCGCCACAUCGCUCGAAGGAUGCGCUGAGGUCGUCUCUAUUUCUCUCCCACAAAUCUCUCCGAUGUUUCAGCCCCCCUCUUCUCCCAACACCUCUCCCCUUCUCUACACCGCCUUCCUCAUUAAAGAUUUCCAUUCCUAGGCCUUGGUUUGGUGUCUGCGCCGCAAAAUCCAGUACAGCCAUGGAGGACAAGGCCAUGUCGGAAGAUAGGAUGCUGGUCAUGGUGCCGCCACAUCCGUUAAUAAAGCAUUGGAUCUCCGUCCUCAGGAACGAGCUGACUCCUUGUGCAAUUUUCAAGAGUGCAAUGGCAGAACUCGGAAGAUUACUUAUUUAUGAGGCUUCAAGAGAUUGGCUUCCUACAAUCUCUGGAGAGAUUCAAUCACCGUUGGGUAUGGCUACCGUUGAAUUUAUUGAUCCAAGGGAGCCUGUGAUGAUUGUUCCCAUUUUGAGAGCUGGUCUUGCUCUUGCAGAGCAUGCUUCAUCAGUCCUUCCCGCAACAAAAACUUACCAUCUGGGCAUGCGCAGGGAUGAGAAAACACUCCAACCUACUAUAUAUUUGAACAAUUUGCCCGAAAAGUUUCCUGAAGAUUCUCGUGUUCUUGUUGUGGAUCCCAUGCUAGCGACUGGUGGCACAAUAGUGAAAGCUCUUGACUUGCUGACAGAGCGUGGGCUAAACAACAAGCAAAUAAAAAUCAUAUCUGCUGUUGCUUCCCCUCCUGCUCUUCAGAAGCUCAGCACUAAGUUUCCAGGGCUUCAUGUCUACACGGGAAUGAUAGACCCAGUUGUUAAUGAGCAUGGGUUUAUAGUUCCGGGUUUGGGAGAUGCUGGAGAUCGCUGUUUUGGUACUUAAAAUGCGGGGUCAGAUAGUUUGCACUGAUGAUGAUGGUUCAUUCAUAUGGCUCUGCAUUGGGUUUUGCGCAGCUUUUCUUCACCAAUUACGGCAUGUUUUUAGCUUUUCUUUUUCUUUUUUGGUUAAAAAACCAUCAAAUUAAAUUAUAUGAGAGAAAUUACAUCUCUUGGUGAUGCUUGAUAUUGUAGAGACAUGCACAGGUUUUAAAUGAUUAAUAACCAUCUAUACAGUGCUGUUUUAAAAGAUUUAGAAUUGGGCUUAUUGUAUAAAAAAUGAUGCUCAUCUAAAUAUGACACUCAACAGGACAUAAUGGGGAAAAAGGAUUGUUAUAAUCCACCCUAUUUA